AUGCUGGUGCUGCUUCCUCCCGGGUUCAUCGCAAGUACGGGUCUGCUGUUCGACGGAAACUACUCGUGCACGAUCCUGCGAAGCAAGAAGCCGGCGCAGAGAAGUUACAUCAAGCUGACAAACGCGCUGCAGCCAGUGCUGCGCAUCUGGAACACGCACAACGUGAUCGUCAUGGACGUCAAUUUCUACCUGCCCGUCAAGUCCAGCUCACGCCUCUGCUCCUUCACUGAGGUCGGCAAGGGCAUGCUGUGUCCGGCCAUCCACAUCUGGCGAAGCUACGGCGUGCAAGUGGCCAAGGGCGAGGUGUUUGGGCGCAUAGACGUGUUUCGCAGCAUGCAAGCGCGGGUGGAUGGCAUGAGUGUCACCGCCACCUACCGCUUCGUCAACUCUCCCGGGGUUAUCCGCAUUGGGGAGAGCGGGUACGGACCGGAGCUGGUGCGAUCGAAUAUAGUGAUCUCGAAUAAUGAAGCAUAUGGCGUGGAUACACCCAUUGUGAUGCACUGGGGAGCGGUGGGAGUGACAGUGAUCAACAAUUUCGUGCAUGACUUUGGGUUUGCGGGCAUCCGGUGCGGCGCGGACGUGCACUUUGCGGGCGACUGCAUGCUGAGCAACAUCUCGAACAACAUUGUGUACAAUUGGAGGAGGAAUUCGUCAGGGGAUGUGGAUUCGGCUGGGAUCUACUACUGCACACACUGGUUCAGCCCUGGCAACGUGGCAGAGUGCAACUACGUGGCAGGGGGCGACCACUGCUACUACCUGGACUAUGUCACAUCGGGUGUGGUGAUCCGCGGGGGUGCGUGCAUCAACACGUACGACGGCAUCAAAGUCAACAAUGGGAAGCUGAAUGUGAUAAAGCACGUGAUUCUGAAGAACGUGGAGGGCAUGCCGGGCUGGUGCACGUGCUUCACGCCCACCGUCAACAACUGCCGCAAGGACCCCGGCACGUACUGGGAGGCCAUGCGGCUCAAAUACUACGACACAGAUCUCUUUCGCAGG